AUGCAGAAACACCAUAUUGAAUGUAAUGGACCCUGGAGAUCAGCUGGUGAACUGCUAAAAGUGAUGAGUAACCUCAAAGUUGAACAGCUAACCACACAGGAGCUCAUUCAUCUUGAAAGAGAUCUGCAUGUCAUAUUAGGACAAACAAGAGAAAGAAAGACACAACUAAUGAUGGAGACUAUAACAACACUUGCUGAGAAGGAAAAGCAACUAAUAGAAGAGAAGUCUCUCCUAGAAAAUCAGAUCGGGACAAUGAUGGGUUCCCAAAGCCACCACCGAGGAAAAGAGCUUCAGCUGAUUCAAUGGUUCGCUUGACAUUUGUGGUGUCCCAAGAUAAUUAGUAGAUUAACAAAUUUGUUUCGGUUUGUAAUUGCUCAUAAAAAAGUUUAGAUAAUUAUGAUCUGUAUGAACACCAUCUUAUAUAACUGCAUAUAACAUAGAACAUGAAACAGAUUCCUAUGUUAUAAUUACUGAAAA